AUGGCCUCGAGGGGCCACAAGGCGGGCGAUGUGGGGCCGCGGGUGGCGCGCGACGGCGCCAGGCUGCUGCACUCCGGCGGGGAGGACCCGGGCUGCCAGUCGCCGGUGUCCCCCCACGCGGCCUGCGCACACGCUGGCUCGUGGGACGGCCUGUCUCAGAGGUCGAGGUUGAAAGGUAGAUCCAGGUCGACCGUGCAGCACGACUGCCGAGAAGAAGGCGCUAUGUCGAGAGAUGAGCGGGGAGGAGUUGAUAUAUUUAGCACGAGAAAUGCGUCGCAUGUUAACAACAGGUGGAGCGGGAAAGGCAGGCGAGCUGCAUGCCCGUGUAUUGCAUCUCUAUGCAUGCUUGCGUUUUUGUUUCUUUGGAUCACGAGGGAAGUCGACUGGGGAGAAGAAAGCUUCGUCACUGUUUCCGGCCAGCAGGUGAGCACUAGCAUCUUCUUGAAGAAUAAAGAGGCGCGGAAUGCUGGGAUAUUGAACAGCGUCCUCCUCCAAAGUGUAGUAGAUUUGUGCUCCGUCUGCUUGAAAGCUGUCAGAAAAUGGUACUUGUGCUGUGCAUGA